AUGGCCGGCGCGGGCCCCGGGGCGGCGUCGCUGGCGCUGGCACUGGCCGUGCGCGGGCUGCUGGGCGCCGGGGCGGAGACGAUCUACCAGACGAGGCUGGAGCCGGACACGAGCUGCUGGAGGCUGGGGCUCCAGGACACGCUGGACGAGUCGCUCUGCCGGACCUUUGCCGAGGACUCGCUCGGGCUGGACACUGGCACUCAGUACUCGGUGAUCAGCGGUUUCAACAUGGGGUAUUACGGAUGCUUCUAUGAUGCGGGGCUAAACGCCGUCAUCUUCAGCGUGGACGGCGACGAAGGCUACGAGUCCCCCGCCGCCAGCAGCAUAUGCAUCGGCUCCACAACCUCGACCACCACAACCACUUCAGCAACGUCCAGCACCACAUCGACGACCACGUCCACUUCCUCCAGCACCGCCACGACUACAUCCACGUCUACGUCUACUUCCACUAGCUCCACGACCACAUCUGUGACCUCCAGGUGGCGGACUACAACAACUACCGUCACCACGUCCACGUCGACGACGGCCUCAACGACGACAACCACGUUGACGACGUCUACAUCCACCACUACGUCCACGACGCUGACGAGCUCCACUUCCACAACGACGACGAAGACGACGACGACCUCGACGACCACGUCCACCACGGCGACGACGACGACGACGACGACCUCGACGCCCACGUCCACGUCCACCACCACAAGUUCCAAGACCACUUCGACGUCCUCCACCACGUCCACCUCCACGUCCGCGACCACUUCGACCUCCACCACCACGUCCAUCUCUUCGACGACAACAACCACCACCACCGACCCGCAGGCACCCGUGAUGUCCUUGCUGGUGAGUGCGUUGCCAACGGGAGCGCAGGAGUUGGUGGUGGAGUCCGAGGCGGGGUUCGUCGUGGGGGACACCGUCCUGAUCUCUCACGGCGGCCACUCCGAAGCGCGCACGAUCGCGAGCUUUGGGUCCAUCGUGCUCGACGCGCCCCUGGCCUACGCCUAUCCCGCGGGCUCCACCGUCCUCAAGCAGGAGCACCCGCCCAUGAGCGGCGGCAGGUCGGCCCAGAGCGCCUCCACGCUCCUGGUCCUGGGCCUCCUGGGCGGCGCAGGCGGCGCAGCCCUCUGCCUCUGCGCCUGCCGCACCUGGUGCGGCCGCCGGGCCCGCAGGCGACGCGCGAGGGGCGGCAAGGUCGCCGUGUUCCCCGAGUGGCACGAGGUCGUGCCCGCGGACUGCACCGCCGGGGGCGCGGCGGUGCACUGGAGCACCGCCGAGGCGGUGCAGUGGGCCCCGGGCGCGGCCGCGCUUCGGGGGGCGGGGGCCCCUGGCGCCUGGCAGCCGUGGCCCGGCGAUGCCGCCGGCGGCCGCUGA